AUGGAUUAUCAGCCUGUCGUGGUAGCCAAACAUGUGCGUCCAUAUGCAACGAAGCACAACGCAGAAUCGAGACACUGGCGACAAUUCAAGCACCCAGUCUUCAUCAAAGAAUAUGCACCAGUCACAUCCGUACACUUCUCUCCUUCGAAGCCGCAUAGAUAUGCCGUUACUGCCGCUACCCGAGUGCAAAUAUAUGCACCAAGGACACAAAAAGUUACCAAAACGAUCUCCAGGUUCAAGGACAUUGCGCGAAGCGGCUGCAUACGCGGAGAUGGCAAGCUGGUAGUUGCAGGAGAUGACACUGGUCUUAUACAGGUUUUUGAUAUUAAUUCUCGUGCAAUCCUCCGGACUCUCGAAUCCCACAAGCAACCAGUGCAUAUCACCAAAUUCUCUCCUUUGGAUCACACUCGUAUUAUCUCAUGUUCAGACGACACUACCGUCAAGCUCUGGGAUGUCCCUUCUCAAUCAUGCAUCUCCACCUUCACCGACCACUCGGACUACGUUCGGUCUGGUCAAUUCUCCUCAUCUGACCCGCACCUCGUAAUCACCGGCUCAUACGAUGCGACUGUGCGUUUGUUUGACUCGAGAACGGGCGAAUGCGAGAUGGUCAUGGGCGGUGCUUCAGGCGAAGGAGGCGGCAGAAACACGGCUGCUGUUGAGCAAGUGUUGCUGUUCCCUUCUGGUACUGUUGCACUAUCGUCUGCGGGACCGAUUCUACGCGUCUGGGAUCUUGUAGCGGGUGGUCGAUGUACACGCGCCUUGUCAAAUCAUCAGAAGACUGUCACCGCUAUGUCGUUCAACUCCAAUGCUAGUCGACUACUCACAGGAGGUCUGGAUCAAAUGGUGAAAGUCUACGAUGUUAGCACGUACAAGGUUGUGCACACCAUGCGAUAUCCCGCUCCAAUUCUCUGUCUUGCUAUCUCGCCCGACGAAACUCACAUUGCGGCAGGCAUGUCUGAUGGCACGCUCUCCGUUCGCCGCAGUCAACUCAAAGCGUCCGACGUCGCUAGCAAUGACGCAGCAUUUUCUAUGGUUCUCCGCUCGAGCGCAGUUGAUUCCCUUCUAGGGGCUUCCUUCCAAUCUAUGGGUCAGAGCCAUUUACGAGAGAAGAAAUCCAAGCCUGUAGGAGAUGUCGACGAAUUUCGAGUUGAGAGUAGGAGAAGGAGGAGACUAAGGGAGUAUGACAAGAUGCUCAAAGGUUUCAAGUAUUCGGCUGCGCUUGAUUCGGUACUGCGGAAGCAAGUACCUCCGACUACAACGUUCUCCUUGAUUCAGGAGCUCAUUCACAGAGACGGCCUUCGGACGGCGCUGGCAGGCCGUGAUGAUGUUCUUCUUGAGCCUGUACUCCAUCUCCUUCUAAAACAUGUCACAGACCCUCGUUUCGGCGAGAUGGUAUGUGAUAUCACGCGAGUGGUCAUUGAUAUGUAUAACCCCAUUCUUGGCCAAUCGCCCUUCAUCGACACACUUUUUGUACGACUACGGAAAAAGGUCCAAGCAGAGUUACACUUUCAGCAGGAGCUGGUGAAAACGAAGGGCUCGUUAGACAUGCUUCUUGCGUCCUCCGCCCUAUCUGCAUGA